AUGGGCGGUGUAGCGGGUAGGCCCAGUGCUAGGCGCCGCUUUCCUCCCCACAGUGAGGGUCCUCACCGGGAGCCAGCGGAGCGGGAAAGACAGAGCGGGGCGACAGCUGGAGCCAGGGCCUCUGUGGGGCGGAGCGCUUCUUCCCGGCAGGUUAAGAGAGCAUUAAAGUUGGACGCUGUUAAAAAAGAUAAUCUGUCUGAUGCAACACCUUCAAAGACCAAAAGGAAAAAUCUAAACUACUCACCAACAACAGGAACUUGCCAGAUGAGUCCAUUUUCAUCUCCUGUGAGGUGCAAUACACAAAACCUCCGAACUGGCCCAUCAGAUGGAGAUAGAACCACAGAGCAGAAUGAUUCAGAAAGCAGAUUACCCAGAAGAGGGCAGCCUCAAACAAAGCAGAAGGCGUUCAUGGAAUUACAGUCCAAAGUGAAGAAUUCAUUGGUUAGAAUUCUGAAAAUAAGAGCAAGUCUGACAAACCUACAGGCUUUAGAGGGCAGUAAAGAGCUUGAGAACAUCAUUGGUGUCUCGGACUUGUCUUGUGCCCUGAGUGCUGAAGUGGAGAAAACUCAAGUGCUAAUGACUCAAGCAGAAGAACUGCAGCUGUUGAAAAGGAACAGUGGGAAACUUCCUGCCCAAGGCCUGAAUGUGGGAUACUGA